AUGGAAUCCGAAAAAAAUAAGAGAGAUUUUAAUCCAACUCAAGAAGCUCAAACUGAAACAUCUGUUCCAUCACAACUUCCGUCAAAAGAUACACUUGUUGAAUAUUCCAAUACUUGUAAAGACACAUCUUCGGAAAAUCAAAACCGUAUUACCUCUGAUGAAGAUACACUUGAUCCAUUAAAACUUUUUUCUCAUUUAGUCUUGUUGAAUCAAUUCAAGAAACUUGAAUUAGAAGAUGAAAAGAUUGAUGCUAGAUAUUUGCUUCAUGCAAUCAAUCGUUAUAUUUUAUGGUUGAGGAUGUUGAAUGAACAAGUGGAACUCAAGAAAGAAGAUUUGCCAAUUCCACCAAUUGAUGUCUGUUAUAUUUGGCACUCUCACUGCUUGUCACCAAUCAAUUAUUAUGAAGAUACUUAUAGACUGCAUAAUAUAAAUCUUAGUUACUAUUAUAUUCCUUUAGAAAAAAUGCUUAAUGUCUGGUUGACAAAUGAUAAUUAUGAACAUAUUGACCAACAAUCCAAGGUUUUAUGGGAAAACUAUACAAAAAUGCCAUGGAUUCUUGAUCCUAAUGAUGAUUCUGAUUUUAUUCUUGUGUGUCCUUGGUGUAAUGAUUCAAAUUUUGUCAAAUGGGACAAAUAUGUUGAUUUAGUAAAAAACCCAAAUGAUGAAUCUUCAUCAAUUGUGUGCAAUAAAUGUAAAGUUAUUUUAACUCCAGACAAUUUAUCAGCUAAAAGAUUUCUGGAUGACAUUAAUGAUUGUAUUAGCCACACAGAAAAUAAAUAUACCAGUGGAACAUUGUUUAAUCAUGGAACUGGUGAAAUUGAUGCAAAAGCUGCAAGUGAUGAUAUUGAUUUGCUUUUUUCAUCAGCUGUUAUGCAAGAGGUUCCUAAAUUAAAAGAACUUUUGGAAUCAUCAAAAGACAGUUCUUUAAGUUGUAAUUGGGAAAAUAUCAGCCAAUACUUGUCAGAAUCAAUUGCCUAUCUAAAGAAAGAGAAACAAUUCAAAUUAUUAAAAAAUACCAUAGUUAAAAAAGUCAUUAUAUCUUACAAAGAUAAUAUCUUUCCAUUUGCUUUCAGCUUGUUGGAUGCAACCAACAGACAAAGAAAGUUCACUCAGAAAAUGGUGGUUGAUUACUAUUAUUGGAUUUGUAAUUAUCAAAUACAAAAUAAUGCUAUUAAAAAAUAUGAAUGUUUCAUGAAAUUGAUUGGUAAGAAUCCAUAUAAAUGUAUUGUACCAACAUUAGAUAUUGAUUUAGCAUGGCAUACACACAUGCUGAAUCCAAAAUUUUAUAAAAAAUAUACCAUGGAAAAAACCAAAAGAUUUAUCAAUCAUGAUGAUAGUAUAGAAGAUCAAGUCAUUGAUAAAUCAUUUAAAAAGACUUGCAAACUAUGGUACAAGGAAUUUGAUGAACUUUAUACCAAUAAAAUUGAACCUUAUGAUUAUUUAUUCAGUAAGACACAAAAAGUUUUUGGAAUUUUAGCAUUUCCUUUUGGUCUUUAUAUGCUUUUUGAAACUAUAAAGGCUACUGAAGUCUAUAAAAAAUCAAAAGUUGGUGGAUGUGCAAUUAGUAAUAAUACCGGAACAAGAAAAGUGGAACAAUCUGAAAGUUUCUCCAAGAGUCAUGGCAGCAGUAGUAAUGAUAAUAAUUUUAUUUUUGUUGGUUGUGGUGGUUGUGGUGGUUGUGGUGAUGGUGGUGGUGAUGGUGGUGGUGAUGGUGGUGGUGGUGGAUGUGGUGGUUGUGGCGGAUGUGGUGAUUAA